AUGACUUACAACGUCUGGUGCCGGGAGGACCUUGUCGUCCACAAGAGGAUGAAGGCCAUCGGCGACCUCGUUCAGGAACAUUCGCCAGACGUCAUCUUCUUCCAGGAAAUCACACCGUACAUCCACUCGAUCUUCGAGAGCUUCGCAUGGUGGAAGGACUACCACUGCUCACCAGUGCCCACAGAAGGCCAAUUCUGCUUGAUGCUGAGCAAGCUUCGAAUGGAGAGCUACGCGCGCUGGAAGUUUGGCACUUCGCCGACGGGCAAGUGCUACCUGGAGGCAGACAUUGUCCCUGGACCGCCUUCUUUGAUGAAGCCGAUCCGCAUCGCUACGACCGAGCUCGAGUGCCCCGUGCCGCCGGCGUGGAUGCACCUCAGGGAGCGCUACACGCAGGCAAAGCACGCGGUCUCGGCGCUGAGUAGCGCGGAUAAUGUCGUUCUGGGCGGCGACAUGAGCUGGGAUGAUGAUGCCGACUUGCCGUUUCCGCUCCCUGGAGGCUGGUGUGACGCCUGGGAAGAACUAAUCCGUGAGCGUGGGAGUUACUACAGUUGGACUUAUGAUAGUUUCUGGGUGGAAAAGGUAUGGGAGUUCAAUGGCCACAUAGUCCAUCGACCAUGGACCAAGAAGCGGUCAGACCGAUUUGUGUGCAAGCUGCAAGACUACACGCUGAAUACGAUCCAGCUGAUCGAGGGAAAUCAUGGUUUUGAGGCUUUUGGUCGUAUUCGUUGUACGAACUACACGACAUGCAACCACGAAGACCUGGCGCUACACGCGAGCUGUCACCGCGGGCUGGUUCUGACCAUCGUCCCCAAAUGA